AUAUAUUGGUUGGUAGAAAAUAAAUUAAAUAAAAUUAGGGGGGAAUUAGUGAAUUAAUUAGCAUAACUGAAUAAACUGACUAACAUGCAGUUGUCUGUUGAGUGCAUGUAGACGAACAGCUUUGCAAUUUUCAGUUUCAUUUUUUCAGUAUAAAAUCCAAUGCUCCACACCGAUUGGAAACCGUAUAUUUUUCUUUUCCCACUUUUAGUCAAAUAAGAACACGCACAAAACACACAGUAGAGAGAGAGAGAGAGAGAGAGAGAGAGAGAGAGAGAGAGAGAGAGAGAGAGAGAGAAGAAAAUGGUGUGUAGGCGUAGGCGUAGGCGUAGACGUAGGCGUAGCUUGGAAGAAGUAAUUAGAACAUUAAUCUUGAGAAUUAGUAAUGGGUUGUUCAACAUGGCUCGUCAAUUAGGGUUUACCAUCUUCUCCACUGCUCGUCGGAGGAGGAAUGCAUUUACAAGAGUUGAUAAUUUCUUGGAGUACUUGAGAAGAAAUAGCGCUGUCGUCCCUGCAGUUGAAGAAAACACGGUUCCUACAGUUGAAGUUGAGAACAAUGUUCCUACAGUAGUUGAAGUUGAGAACAAUGUUCCUGCAGUUGAAGUUGAGAACAAUGUUCCUACAGUGAAAGCUGGGAAGAAGAAGAUUCCUCAAGUGAAAGGGAAGAAGAAGAUUCCUAAGGUGGAAGUUAAGAAGAUUAAUCCUACAGUGCAAGAGAAGAAGAAUGUUCCUACAGUUGAAGUUGAGAAAAAGAUUCCUACAGUUGAAGUUGAGAAGAAGAUUCCUACAGUUGAAGAUCAGAAGAAGAUUCCUACAGUUGAAGUUGAGAAGAAGAUUCCUACAGUUGAUGCUGAGAAGAAAGUUCCUACAGUUGAAGUUAAGAAGAAGAUUCCUACAGUUGAUGUUGAGAAGAAGAUUCCUACAGUUGAAGUUACAAUUGAAGAUCAGAAGAUUGAAGAGAAUAAUAUUCCUACAGUACAGCUGGAAGAGGAGAAUAAGGAGGUUUCUGCAGCAGCGGAAGAAACGAAGAAGGGUCCUCCUGCAUUAUUGGAAGAGAAGAAGAAGAGAUAA